AUUGGCGGGUGUCCCGUCUCGGCGCACGCUCCGUGGGCGGAGCUGCUUGUGUCUGUCCGUCCAGGUGACCGGUCCGAGGCGUUCUCCCGUCCCCUCCCACUCCCGGCCUCAGGGACUGCAGUAUCAAAAGUGUCACACAGUUAAUUGAAGCUGUGGGAGAAUAUACAAUACUGAACAUUCAUCAAGGAUUUUGUAUCCAAGGCCCAAAAGUUUGUUACCUAAGAUGAUGAAUGCUGACAUGGAUGCAGUUGAUGCUGAAAAUCAGGUGGAACUGGAGGAAAAAACACGACUUAUUAACCAAGUGUUGGAACUCCAACACACACUUGAAGAUCUCUCUGCAAGAGUAGAUGCAGUUAAGGAAGAAAAUCUAAAGCUAAAAUCAGAAAACCAAGUUCUUGGACAGUAUAUAGAAAACCUCAUGUCAGCUUCUAGUGUUUUUCAAACAACUGACACAAAAAGCAAAAGAAAGUAAGGGAUUGAUAACCCUUGUUUAAUGGAAUUACUGCUGCUUUUUUCUUUAAAAUUUGGAUAGGUUCCAAAAGUUAGAGAGUACUUUUAUUUGUGGCUUCAUUGAGUAUUUAUGAAGGUUAUGUCAGAUUAGACAAAAUUAGAGCAUAACAGAAAACUUCCAUGAGUUUGUGUAUUAUGUUAGUCCAUGAAAAUGUGCAAAUGUAUUGUAGAGUCUUUAUAAUUAGAAAUGCAUAUAUUUAUGAAACUUGAAAAUGAAUGUUUUACUGAAUUUUCUUUGAAUUAUAAGUUUAACACUGUCAUUUAUUAUAGGCAUAGUAAGAGAUACAAGAAAAUAAUCACCAUGUUGUGAAAAAGUGACCAAAAUCAUGUACUGAAUGCAUAGCUUUAUGUACCCUGUCCACCAUUUUGUGCCUCUUCUCCGUUUGUUUCUUCCUUCCCAUCUCCCUUCUAAGGAAAAUAAUUCUUUCACAUUGUAAAAGUAAUUUCAGUAGUUAAUCAUCUAUGAAAGUCAACUGAACCAUAAUUGUUGAAACUUAACCGAAAUACUUUCUCAGUUAGGGCUUAUUUGUAUUUAGUUGUAAGAUAGGAUUGUUAAUUUCUCUUCAAUCAACUGAAAACAGAGGCUAUAAAAAUUAAUUUUUUUUCUUUGAAACUGAAUUGUGAAAUUGAGAAGAUUUGUUAAAAACCUUUUUGCACAAAAUAAGCCAUUUGGUAUCUGAAAAGUUCUGGUUGUGUGUGUGUGUGAAAUAGAAAAUUUUAAGGAAAAAUAGAAAUAGGAUGGAAAAAGUACUUCGUAUACAGCAAUGACCAAUUCCAAAUGUUUUUACUCCAGAUCCGUGUUAUCUUUAGCACAAAUUAGAUCUUUUGAAGAAUAUGUGUGAAAGUGGAUGAAGUUUGAUUAACUUUAUAUAAACCAUAUCUAGAUUAUAGAGUUUGGUCUCAAGACUUAUUUGUAAUACCCAGCAGAUCAACUUUUGCAAAAUCCCUUGAGUGUAUUAGUAUUGAAUCCUGAAUAAAAUAGGAGAGUUUUACAUGUAGUCUAAUUGAUACUUCCUCAGUAUUUUAUCUUGCUACUUCUCUCAGAAUUUUCUGUAAAUCCACCUACUUUGCAGAGUUUUAAUCAUUCUUUAACAAUUUUAAAAAUUUUAGUUUGUAGGUUCCAUUUGGUAAGAAACUUAGUAUCAGAAAUAAUGCUAAAAAGAUCCACUAAUGUAGAUUUGGGCUACUUUUAAUCAUGGACUAAUCAUGUUUGUAUUGGUGUAAGAUUCAAUGAAUGACUUUAGCUGUAUGAAUAUAUAAUAAUAAUACUGCAAACAUUUUGUGUCCCUUUUGUGACCUAAUUCACAAACAUUUAAGAUUGUAUUGCAAGUUUGCUUUGCUGUUUAAUAAAAUACUGUUUCAGAGA